AUGAAAGAUCAGGCAAUUAAUGGCGUGAAAUGGUACUUCAAUAGGAAUUGGAAUAGAGACGACGUGAUGAAUAUGGAUGAAAUUUCCGACGAACUUCACUCAACCUUGGAGAUGGUGUAUCUUAGUCUCUUCUGUGCCAUGUUGAGCAUUACUUGUGGAUCCACUUUGCAAUGGAUCUCGAUAACUGCGGGGAAAUACUCAGUCCUUUAUUUUGUAGCAAAAUUAAUCUUGCUUUACCUUACUCCACCAGAGAGAGUGAAGAUGAGGAUCAUAAUCUCGAUGUUGGCUGAAUAUUCAUUCGGUUCUACUGUUGGCUUCAUUUUCAAUUAUCUCUUCAAAAUUGAGAAUCGCUUUGUUUUCAGACUUUUGGUAGGUAUAACAAUUGGCACUGGAAAUUUGUGGCAUCAAUCCAUCAAAACAAAGGAUAGGAGGGAAAUCUACACCGGUUGCCUGAAAUAUUGCAUUGUUAUAGUGGUUUCGAUGAUUGCUUUCUUUCUUUUGGAAACAGAUACAACUCUCCAGAUGAUAGCGAUACACUCUGUGCUGAUAUUGUUCAUGGGGUACCUUGUGAUAUAUAGCCAAGAAAUAUUGUACGAUGCUAACUUUGGAGAUAUUGACUUCGUCAGCUGCACAUUCACCGUCUUCUUCCAUUUUCCGGGCAUAAUGAUCCAUGCUACAAGACUAUACCUGCAGGGUGAGCAACAAGAACAGAAUUAA